AUGGACAUAAAGACGGGAACAACAGACAGUGGGAACCGCAAGAGACGAGAGGGAGGAAGGAUUUGCAGGGAUGAACUAGUGAAGGCCCCAAACAUUGACCAACUGGCAUCCCACAGCCUCCUCUUCCAGAAUGCCUUUGCGCAGCAAGCAGUGUGCGCCCCGAGCCGCGUUUCUUUCCUCACUGGCAGGAGACCUGACACCACCCGCCUGUACGACUUCAAUUCCUACUGGAGGGUGCACGCUGGAAACUUCUCCACCAUCCCCCAGUACUUCAAGGAGAAUGGCUAUGUGACCAUGUCGGUGGGAAAAGUCUUUCACCCUGGUACUGCUCCAUGUCCAGAGUCUGGGUUCUCUUGGUUUGUGGUGUCUGAAUCCAGCAUUCCCAUCCCGGGGAUGGGGCUGUCUUUGCAGAGCCCUCUUCUGGCUGGGCGAGUCCCUCGCUAGUCAGUGCUUCCUUUCUAAAAAACCGACUUGUCAACCCAGCCACAUGUUUUCACCCAAAGUGAAAAAGGGUAGAAAGAGCUUUGCUUCCUUUCAGAAACCACUGAGGGUGUGCUGUUGGGUCCUUCAGCUCCUCGGGUGGUAGGGAGGACACAGGCUGGGGAGGUGGCAGUGUUGGGUGGAGUC